AUGAAUAACCCUCAAUCAAACGGCAAUCCCCAGCGAUUGCCGGAUCCCCACACACUACUGAAGCCCGAACACGUAAAGAAUGUACUUGGUCUGAGCCCAGAAAACCAGACGAAGUACCAUCAAGGUCUCGCCGCCCUUUGGAACACUUUGAACACUAAUCCACCCGACAGUCAGAGCUACCAAUUAGCUCAUGGCAAGCUACAUGCGGUAACUAAACAAAUAAGAGACAUGGUACAAAGGCACAGGAUGCAACUGGCCGGCGCGCAGCCAAAUGGCAAUAGGCCUCAAAACUUGGGACAGCAAGGCAUGGCUGGGCAGCAAGGACAAGCCGGACAAUCAAUUCAGCAACCACCGCAGCAGCUUCAAGCGAGUCAAACCCUUUCACAAAACAAUGGAGGGCAGAAACCGACAUAUUCGGCGAAGGUGAUGGAGCAAAUCAAUAAAUUUACAUUUGUGGCGCCACCACAGGUGCAAGUCCAGGGCCAGCCCGCUGUUCAGAAAUGGAUCAUCGAGGCCAAAAGGGUCUAUGGAAAUCAUCUGCACAGAUAUGAAUCCGCCCUGAAAGGCCUUGAAGAGCUUGAGAUUCUUAUGAAACAGAAGCAAGGAACUCUGACAGCUAAUGACGAGCAAAUGUACCAGAACAGACGACAGGCCUUGGAGGCAAAUCGGGAGGACUCUCGUAGGUAUCUGCAGAAACUGAAUCAGACUCAAAAGGACUUGAAGGAUGGUGCUAGCAUGGCAGGUGGUGGACCAAUGAAGCGUGAACCAAGUGGGAACGGAGGGCAGCAGGUGACUGGACAACAAGAACAACCUGGACAGGCGCAUAGUGUCAGCUCUGCUUUGGAUGCUGCGCGAAGCCAAGCCGAUACUGCUGGAAAAUCGGUAGCAAGUCAUCCUACAGCGGGGCAUGUCACAGUAAAUCAGCAGCCGACACACUCGCAAAUAAAUUCAAGUGUCAAGACUGAGGUUCCGCCGCCUCAACAGCGCAUGAAUUCAACACAAUCCAACGUGCCUUCUAGUGCAAGGCCCGCCGGUCAAGCAUAUCCGUUGACCCACGAGACUGCAGUGCAACAAGCUCGCUCCUACUCAGACCCAAACAGCCAAAAUAAUAUGAAUUCAGCAUAUCCUCAGAAUCCACCACAGAGUGCUACUCAUAGCCAUCCAUCUCAGCAAAGAAAUAUGAGUAAUGAGCAGCAAUCUAUCCCCAACACUCACUCGAAAUUACCAAUUCCCAAAGACCUCAAUAUUCCUCCACCCCAACCAGUGUCGAUGGGUCAAGCGCGCCCAACGAUGACGAACGGUCCCCAUAUUGGAGGGCCCAUUGGCCAACCAGUGAUCCAGAAGCAUCCCGGAUAUGUACUUGAAGGCGAAGGUGAGCGUGUACUCAGCAAGAAGCGAUUGGAAGAGCUCGUGCGUCAAGUGACUGGUAGCACUGGCAACGAUGGCGAUGAAGGCGAGACUAUGACAGCAGAGGUCGAAGAGACACUUCUUGAAGUAGCAGACAACUUUGUCGAUCAAGUAAUAGUCUCAGCCUGCAAGCUCGCCAAGCUACGAAACUCAUCGACACUAGAGCUUCGAGAUCUGCAACUCAUACUCGAGCGCAACUACAACAUUCGAGUACCGGGCUUCGCAUCUGAUGAGGUGAGGGCGGUGAGAAAGGUCGUCCCAACCACAGCCUGGACUCAAAAGCUCAGCGCCAUACAAGCUGCUAAGGUGACGGGAGGGAAGGCUGAAUAG